AUGGAAAUAGCUCAACUUCAAACUAAAUUAGAUGAACAUGGAUACAUCUAUCUUGAUUACCUUGGAUCAGGUGCCUUUGCUAAUUGUUAUUUUGUUCAAGACAAAAGGUAUAACAACAAAUUUGCUUGCAAAGUCAUCAAUCUUCAACAUUGUGACAAUCACUUGCAAACAGUGGUUAGAAAAUAUCAUAUUGAAGUUGAAUCGCUCUGUGCUGUCUGUCAUCCUAACAUUAUCAAAAUUUAUAAUUAUUUUUACGACGAAUCCAAUCUCUAUGUUAUUGUCGAAUAUUGCAGUAACGGCACGCUUGAUAAUUGGAUUAAAACUUAUGGAGCCAUAUCCGGAAGAAAGCUUUUCCUUUGGGUCACUCAAUUUGCUAAUGCUUUGGCAUCAUGCCAUGAUCAUGAAUUGGCUCACAGAGACUUAAAGCCGGCCAAUAUCCUAUUUGAUGAUGAUUUCAACAUUAAAAUCUGCGAUUUUGGUUUGGCUUGUAUCCAUGAGCCAAUAUCUCAAAAAUACUGCGGAAAUUUAAGAUAUGCAGCUCCAGAAAUUAAGCACAAGAAACCUUAUGAUCCAUACAAAGCUGAUGUUUGGUCUUUCGGAUUGAUCGUUGCCUUUAUGGCAAUGGACCAGAUGCAUUCGCACAAUGGACUGAAUAUCUUGAAUAUGGAAGCUGUAUUUUCCCAAAAGAGAUACCUCAAAACUUGGUCAAUAUCAUUAGACAUUGCAUUUUCCUUAAUCCUGAACAAAGAUGGUCAAUGGCGGAAAUUGUCAGAUAUUUGCAUUCUAAUGUGA